AUGGACUUCCCUAUCAUCAGGUCGGCUCGGGAAACCGGAGACCACAGCGCCUUCAUCGAUGGGCUCAUACCCGGUGGGUUUGAAGGGAGAAUACACCAUUCGCAAGAGAAGGAACUGCCCGGCGGUGCCAAUUGGGUGGUCCAGAAGUUUGGCGGCACCAGCGUAGGCAAGUUCGGUGCCAAAAUCGCAGAGGACAUUGUCAUUCCAGGUCUCAAGGACCAGCGGCUCGCGAUCGUCUGUUCCGCCCGCUCCACGAACACGAAAAGCGAAGGGACGACCAAUCGCCUUCUCCGAGCCGCGAGACAUGCGAAGGACCAAGUGGGUGGGUUCAUGGAAAUCGUGGAGGCCAUAAGAGCAGAUCACAUCCAAGCUGGCGAAGCCGACCUUACUGGAGAGAAGAAUGCCGGGCUACGGAAGCAGUAUGUGAAGGAUGUCAUGACCGAAUGCAAUGGUUUGGAAGUGAUCCUACAGAGUGCGCGGAAUUUGGAAGAAGUCUCGACGCAGGCGAAGGACAUGAUCAUGUCGACUGGUGAGAAGCUGGCGUGUCUGUACAUGACCGCGCUGCUGCAGGCGAGGGAUAUCAAGGCCGUGUAUGUGGACAUGAGUAAAGUCAUUAAUUUCCCGUUUGCUAAGGGCUUCGGGGAUGACUUUUACAUUGGUCUUGCGAAGGCGCUUGCGGAGCGUGUCCUUGCUAUGGAUGAGGAUGCUGUACCGGUUGUUACUGGAUACUUUGGUUUAGUACCGGGUGGGCUGCUGGAGCAGAUUGGUCGCGGCUAUACGGAUUUGUGUGCUGCGCUGGUGGCGGUCGGCUUGCGAGCUCGAGAGCUGCAGAUUUGGAAGGAGGUUGAUGGCAUCUUCACUGCGGACCCUCGCAAGGUGCCCACUGCUCGUCUGCUGGACUCUGUUACGCCGAGCGAGGCUUCCGAGUUGACGUUCUAUGGAUCGGAAGUCAUCCACCCUUUCACCAUGGACCAGGUCAUUAAAGCGCACAUCCCGAUCCGCAUCAAGAACGUCAUGAACCCGCGCAACGACGGUACGAUCAUCACGCCCUCUCGCACCGACGACCUAUCAGCUCGUCGUCCAGGCCUCUUCCGUAACCGCAGCGCUUCAAAUCUGCUCGCCAAAGACAUGCCACGCCGCCCAACCGCUGUGACCAUCAAGUCCGGCAUCACCGUGUUAAACGUCCACAGCAAGAAACGCACCCGUGCCCACGGCUUCCUAGGCUCCAUCUUCAGCAUACUAGACAAGCACAAACUCUCCGUCGACCUCAUCUCCUCAUCGGAGGUGCACGUUAGUAUGGCCCUGCACUCCGAGAUCAGCCUACUAUCCGGCCACGGCGAAGAGGAGCUCCGAAUCGAAGACGAGUCCCUCCAAGGCGCCGUCAACGAUCUCCAGCGAUGGGGCGACGUCGAUCUCGUGCCAUCCAUGGCCAUCAUCAGCCUUGUCGGUAGACAGUUGCGAAGCAUGGUCGGCAUUAGCGGGAAGUUCUUCAGCACGUUGGGAGAGCACGGCAUCAAUAUCGAGAUGAUCUCGCAGGGAGCGAGCGAGAUUAAUAUUAGCUGUGUGAUUGAGGAGAGGGAGGCGAGCAGGGCGUUGAAUGUGGUGCAUACGAAUCUGUUUACGUUUUUGGAUUGA